AUGCCAAGUGGAUUUUUGACAGCUGAAAAUGAUUUUCCUGUUGGUUCAAAGUCCAAAGCUAGCUUUUUUAUGAAGAAAUCGAAAGAGGCUAUCCCUAAAGAUGGUAUCUUAACAAAGUAUAUUUUCUAUGGUGAUCUUUCAUACAGCCCUUUGGACCAUUUUUCUGUGUUCGUCGACGAAGUUCUUGUCCCUGUUUUGUCUAACAAGAAAAAUUAUAGUUCUUGGCCAUCUGUGGUCUAUGAGGAUGUCAUGAAAUAUGCGCACGGUUUGAAGAGACAAACCGAUAUCGUCGUUGGGCAAACAAAAGGAAAGACAUUUCUCCCUCUACCAAUUGAGCAAGAGCGUUUAAUGGAGCAUGUUAAAGAAGGUAAAGUUAAUCGAAGUUUCGUUUAUGCUAUUGAAUCACUCGUCAUUGAAUGGUCACAUCAAAUCCACAAAGUAUUACUUAAGGAUUCAUCUCAACCAUUACUAAGUGGAUUAAACCCCACUCCAUUGAUAGAAUUAGAUUUUUGGAGAGCAAAAGUAAAGAAUCUUGAAAACAUCUAUUCUCAGUUAUGUACACCAAAAGUCAAACAAAUGGCGCAAAUUUUAGAGCAGGCUAACAGUAGUUAUUUUGUUCCAUUUAAAGAGAUGUUUAAGUCUGUUGUAACUGCUUUACGUGAAGCACAAGAUAUUGACAUGCAUUUAACUAUUAUGCGUACGAGAUUGGAGGACAUGGAACAAGCUGAAUUCAACCAGUUAUCACAGCAUAUUGAGCCUAUUUUCAAUCUCAUCUGCUUAGUAUGGGCUAGUUCCAAGGGAUAUCGACAACCGGCAAGAAUAUUGGUUCUUUUACAAGAAUUAUGUAAUCUAAUGAUUAAUCAAGCUCGAACAAAUUUAGAUCCAUAUGAUGUAUUGAAAGGUGAAGCUGAAGAGAUUCAAUUGAAAAUAGAAUAUACUUUAAAAGUAUUAUAUAAAUUUAAAAAUAUUUAUCAUCAACAUCGUGUAAAUUUACCAAAAUAUUUUGAACAAGUUUCUGAAAAACUAAACAUGUCAAAUGAACUUACUUUGUGGGAAUUUAAAAAUGAACUUGCAUUUAGUCGUUAUGACUCAUUUGUUGAACGUAUUGAAGCAGUACAUCAUUUAGUGUUGACAGCUAUCGAAUUUUUAAAAUUAGAAAAGUUAGUCUUUGGCGGCAUUGAAGGCGGUUCAUUAAAUCAACGUGUCACAGAAAUCUAUGAAUCAUUUUGUAAUACAUACAAGAUGUUCAAUGAUAGAACCUAUGAUGUUUUGGAUCCACUGAAUGAAGAGUUUUCUAAGGAUUUCGCAGAAUUUAAUAAAUGUGUACAAGAUUUAGAACAUCGACUAUCUAAUGUGGUUGAACAUGCCGUAGACGAUUGCCCUGCUAUAGAACAUUUUCUUAAGCUCAUUAGCAUUCUGCAUACAUUGCUGGACAGACCCAUAAUAAAAGAGAGUUUCCAACCUAAAUACAAAGUUUUGACACAAAUGUUAAAUGAUGAAUUGGAUACAGUGAAAAAUAUCUAUGAUUAUCAUAUAGCCGGUGAAAGAAUUCGACAAGAAAAUCUAUUAUUGAACUCAGCAUCUGACAAACCAUCAGAAGAGAAGCAUACAAUGAAACAUGGUCUUUACAAGAAACAACCAUCUUAUUACUUGGAAAUUCAUAAAAAUAUGCCCCGAUUAUCAGGAAAUUUAAAAUGGGCACAUGAUUUGAAAAUGCGUAUUACACAACCUAUGGAAACGAUUCAUCAUUUAGACUUACCAAUAAUUCAUACUGAAGAAGGUGAAUUAAUUCAAAAGAAAUAUGAUCAAAUAUUGAGUCUUCUGGACGAAUAUGAAAAACGUGCAUUUAAUGAAUGGUCUAAGGGUGUAGAUGAAAUAUGUUCAUUCAAUUUGUCUCAACCACUACUUGUACGUGAUCCAAAUACAAAAAUGCUAAGUGUCAAUUUCGAUGCAAAACUUGUAGCUAUUCUUCGUGAAGUUAAAUAUUUAGGCAUAUUUACCGAAGAAACAGUACCUAAUUCAGCAGCCAAAUUAUAUGAACAAAAUGAGAAAUUACGCAAUUUCCAUAUCAGUUUAGAUAUGAUUGUUGAAGCUUAUAGUUAUUUAUCUAACCAACUUAUACCUGUUGAAACAGAAUUAAUCAGCAAAGAAAUGAGUUUAUUUGAUAAGCAAGCGGAACAAGCUGAAACUUCAUUGAAUUGGGAAACAAGUGAUGCAUGGAAUUAUAUACAAAUUACACGAAAUCAGAUUGAUGAUUUAAAACAACGCGUAGUACAAACGCAAGAAAAUAUACAACAGAUUCAGUUAAUUACAACUACAUGGUCUAAAACACCAUUGUUUGAACGUAAAGAUGGUAAAAAAGACACAUUAUUAGGAUUGGAUGAUCGUGAAGAUAGAUGUUCCAAGCGGUAUGCUGAAAUUACAGAUUCCGGUAAACAAAUACUGAAUAUUCUAAAAACAAGUCGUGAAUUAUUUAAAGCUGAUGAAAACGAUCCUGCUUGGAUAAAAUACAUUGAAUACAUUGAUGGUAUUCUAGAGACUGGUCUUAUUCAAGCCAUCGAGUGUAGUUUAAAUUAUUUACUCACCGAAACUGAAGAUAGCCCGAACACAGCUGCUUUAUUGGAAGCUCAAAUGGAACUACAAGCCCCGGACAUAUCAUUUCAACCGUCUAUGGAUAUUGAUUCGAAAAAUGGACUGUAUGCACUUGUCAACCGUAUCAUUGAUGAUAUUUACAAACAAGCAACAUUUAUUCCUUAUAUAACCAAUAUGAGUAUGAAAGAUAGCUAUUUGAGCAAAAUGCAUCAAAAUGAAAAUUUAUCAAAAAAACGUAAACAACUCUUGGAUCGUGUAGAAAUUGUCAUGAAAAAGGCAUUGAAUUAUCGUGCCACAUUUGAUAAAUAUUCUUAUUUAUGGAUUGAUGAUCGUAAUGAAUUUAUGCAACAAUUUUUAUUAUAUGGACAACCGGUUAGUCAAGAAGAUUUAGAUUUAAUCAAUGCUAGCGGCGGCAUACAACCAACCGGUGAAGGUGCCGAAAACUUACCAGUAUUAAAACCACCAACGUUGGAACAAUUUAAAGAGCAAAUCGAUUACUAUGAAGAAAUCUAUAAUGAGGUUGGUAAAUUAGAUGGAUCUACUAAAUUUGAUUCUUGGUUCCGUGUUGACGCGCGUAAAUUUAAACAAGCGCUCAUAAACGUCAUUAAACGAUGGAGUCUAAUGUUUAAACAACACUUGAUUGAUCAUGUUACAACCAGUUUGGAAGAUUUGAAUAAUUUCAUUCAGGAUUCCACUCAGGCUUUAAGUGUGGAUCUUCAAGAAGGAAAUUAUGAGGCUUUAAUUUCUGUCAUGAAAAAUUUAGGCCAAGUAAAAGAUCGUCAAAUUUCCACCGAUGAAAUGUUCGAGCCAUUGAAACAAACAAUUGAACUAUUGAAAACGUAUAAUCAAGAAAUGCCUGAUAAAGUGCAUCAGCUAUUAGAAUUACUGCCUGAAAAAUGGAACAAUGUCAAGAAACAAGCGGUAUUAAUGAAACAAACAGUUGCACCACUGCAAAAUAAUGAAGUGGCUAGUAUACGUCGUAAAUGUGCCAGGUUCGAUGUGCAACAACAUAUGUAUCGUGAAGAAUUUCGUAAAAUAACACCGUUUAAUUAUAAUUGUGAAAAUCCUUACGAAAUCAUGGACAAGAAUCAUCAUAGUUUAUCGUCAUUCGAAAGUGAAAUGUCAUCUCUUGUUGCAUCAGCCAGCUUAUUUGAAGUGAAUGUUCCUGAAUUUAAACAACUUAAACAAUGCCGUAAAGAUUUGAAAACAUUGAAAAUAUUAUGGGAUUAUAUUUAUUUAAUUCAAACAACCAUGCAUGAUUGGACACUGAGUCCAUGGCGUACUAUCAAUGUGGAACAAUUAGAUUUAGAUUGUAAAAAAUUUGCAAAAGAUUUACGUGGUCUAGAUAAAGAAAUGCGUGCAUGGGAUGCAUAUAUUGGUAUUGAAGAGAAAGUGAAAAAUAUGCUGACAUCAUUGAGAGCAGUAAGUGAAUUACAAAAUCCAGCAAUACGUGAUCGACAUUGGAUACAAUUGAUGAAAGCGACCGGUGUGAAAUUCAAAAUGACUGAAGAAACUACACUAAUGGAUUUGUUAUCAUUAAAUUUACAUGAAUAUGAAGAUGAAGUACGUAAUUUAGUUGAUAAAUCUGUAAAAGAGAUGAGUAUGGAAAAAGUAUUAAAAGAAAUCAACUCAACAUGGUCACAAAUGGAAUUCGAGCAUGAAACACAUUUACGCACAAAUUUAACUUUAUUAAAAGCAAGUGAAGAAUUAAUUGAAACACUAGAAGAAAAUCAAGUACAAUUACAAAAUAUGAUGACAUCCAAAUACAUUGAUUAUUUCCUUGAUGAUGUAUCAGUAUGGCAAAAACGAUUAUCCAUAGCUGAUCAAGUGAUUACAAUUUGGUUUGAAGUACAACGUACAUGGUCAAAUCUAGAAUCAAUAUUUAUCGGUUCUGAAGAUAUACGUAAACAGCUACCAGAAGAUUCGGCAAGAUUUGAUGGCAUUGAUCAUGAUUUUCGCAAAUUAAUUCAUGAAAUCGGUAAUGAUUACAAUGUGAUUCGAGCAACAAGUCGACCACGUUUAUAUGAACGUUUAGAAUUAAUACAAAAAGAUUUAACUUUAUGCGAAAAAGCAUUGGCUGAAUACUUAGAAACUAAACGUUUAGCAUUUCCACGAUUUUAUUUUGUAUCACCAACCGAUUUGUUAGAUAUCUUAUCUAACGGCAAUAUACCAGAACAAGUUACUAAACAUUUAACUAAACUAUUCGAUUCAUUGGCUUCAUUGAAAUUUCGUCCAGGUGAAAAAGGUAAUUCAAAAAUUGCCUAUCAUAUGGGUGCCAAAGACGGUGAACAAGUGAAAUUAUCCAAAGAUAUAGAUUUAGAUGGACAAGUUGAAGUAUGGUUAAACAAACUAUUAGAUGAGAUGCGUGCCACUAUACGUUAUUAUUUAGCAGAAGCUGUUUCAACAUAUGAAGAGAAAUCACGUGACCAAUGGUUAUUUGACUAUCCAGCUCAAGUAUCAUUGGCCGGCUCACAAAUUGGUUGGACAACAGAAGUGAAUAUAAAUUUUGCUAGAUUAGAAGAAGGCUAUGAGAAUGCAUUGAAAGAUUUUAACCGAAAACAAAUUCAACAAUUAAAUGCACUGAUCACAUUGCUAAUUGGUGAGCUGAAUUCACAGGAUCGUCAAAAAGUCAUGACUAUCUGCACCAUUGAUGUACAUAAUCGUGAUGUCGUCAGUAAAUUGAUCAGUCAAAAAAUCGAUAAUGCAUUAUCGUUUACAUGGAUUAGUCAAUUAAGACAUCGUUGGGAUGACAAACAACAAGAUUGUUUCAUUAAUAUUUGUGAUGCACAAUUUCGUUAUGCUCAUGAAUAUUUAGGCAAUACACCAAGAUUAGUCAUUACACCAUUGACAGAUCGUUGUUACAUCACACUGACACAAUCGUUGCAUUUAACAAUGAGCGGUGCGCCAGCUGGUCCAGCCGGUACUGGUAAAACAGAAACAACCAAAGACUUAGGCCGUGCAUUGGGUAUCAUGGUUUAUGUGUUCAAUUGUUCAGAACAAAUGGAUUAUAAAUCCAUUGGUAAUAUUUAUAAAGGAUUAGCUCAAUCUGGUGCAUGGGGUUGUUUUGAUGAAUUUAAUCGUAUUUCAGUGGAAGUUUUAUCUGUUGUCGCUGUUCAAGUGAAAUGUAUACAAGAUGCAAUAAGAGAUAAGAAGAAACGUUUCAAUUUCCUCGGGGAAGAGAUUAGUUUAGAUCCAACAGUUGGUUUAUUCAUCACAAUGAAUCCUGGCUACGCUGGACGUGCUGAAUUACCAGAGAAUUUAAAAGCACUGUUUCGUCCAUGUGCUAUGGUUGUGCCAGAUUUUGAAUUAAUUUGUGAAAUUAUGUUAGUCGCUGAAGGUUUCACUGAUGCUAGAUUAUUAGCUAGGAAAUUUUUGACGCUAUAUAAAUUAUGCAAAGAAUUAUUAUCGAAACAAGAUCAUUAUGAUUGGGGUUUACGAGCUAUUAAAUCUGUAUUAGUCGUUGCCGGUGCACUGAAACGUAGUGAUCCAGGUCGACCAGAAGAUCAAGUACUGAUGCGUGCAUUACGUGAUUUCAAUAUACCGAAAAUUGUCACUGAUGAUUUACCGGUGUUUAUGGGUUUAAUUGGUGAUUUAUUCCCAGCAUUAGAUGUGCCUAGAAAACGUGAUUUAGAAUUGGAGAAACAAGUGAAACAAGCUGCAAUCGAUUUGAAAUUACAAGCUGAAGACAAUUUUAUAUUAAAAGCUGUACAACUGCAAGAAUUAUUCGCUGUUCGACAUUCAGUAUUUGUAUUAGGCAAUGCUGGUACAGGUAAAUCAAUGGUAUGGAAAACAUUAUAUCGUACAAAUUUCAAUUUGAAAAAGAAACCAGUCGCUGUUGAUCUAGAUCCGAAAGCUGUUACAAAUGAUGAAUUGUUUGGUGUUAUCAAUCCAGCUACACGUGAAUGGAAAGAUGGUUUAUUCUCUGUGAUUAUGAGAGAUUUAGCGAAUUUAACACAUGAUGGACCUAAAUGGAUUGUACUCGACGGGGACAUUGAUCCAAUGUGGAUUGAAUCAUUGAACACAGUGAUGGAUGAUAAUAAAGUUUUAACAUUAUCAAGCAAUGAACGUAUUCCACUGACGCCGACAAUGCGUUUAUUAUUUGAAAUAAGUCAUUUGAAAACAGCCACACCAGCUACUGUUUCACGUGCCGGAAUUCUAUACAUCAAUCCACAAGAUCUUGGCACCACUCCAUUUGUAGCCAGUUGGUUGGCUAAACGUGAACUACAAUCGGAACAGGCUAAUUUACAAAUUCUCUUUGAUAAAUAUAUUCCAUCCUGUUUAGAGGUAUUACGUACACGUUUUAAAAAGAUCACACCAAUCGCUGAAAUAGCUCAUGUACAAAUGUUAUGCUAUUUACUGGAUUGUCAUUUAACGCCCGAGAAUACACCACCAGAUAGUCCUAAAGAAUUAUACGAAUUAUAUUUUGUAUUCUGUGCUAUCUGGGCAUUCGGUGGAUCAUUAUUCCAAGAUCAAUUAGUUGAUCAUCGUGUGGAAUUCAGUAAAUGGUGGGUGACUGAAUUUAAAAGUGUUAAAUUUCCGACAACCGGCACUGUUUACGAUUAUUUCAUUGAUCCUGUGAGUAAAAAAUUCGAAUCAUGGUCAAAGAAACUGCCAGAGUUCGAAUUAGAUCCGGAACUUCCACUACAAGCUGUGCUUGUCCCGACAACAGAAACAAUUCGUAUACGUUAUUUCUUAGAUUUACUACUACUACAUAAACGUCCUGUCAUGUUAGUUGGCAAUGCAGGCACUGGGAAAACAGUACUUGUACAAGAUAUAUUUUCCAGUUUUAACGAAGAUAUAAUGGUUACAAAUGUACCAUUCAAUUUUUACACAACAAGUGAAAUGCUUCAAAGUGUUUUAGAGAAACCAUUAGAGAAAAAAGCUGGCCGAAAUUAUGGUCCACCUGGUAGUAAACGUUUAAUCUAUUUUAUUGACGAUUUAAAUAUGCCCGAAGUGGAUACCUAUUUUACGGUACAACCACAUUGUUUAAUUCGACAACAUAUUGAUUAUUCACACUGGUAUGACAGAACAAAAUUGACCCUGAAGGAAAUCAAUAAUACGCAAUAUGUGGCGUGCAUGAAUCCCACAUCCGGUAGUUUCACUAUUGAUCCAAGAUUGCAACGACAUUUUUGUGUAUUCGGACUAAGUUUUCCUGGUCAAGAAGCAUUGAAAAUAAUUUAUUCAUCGAUAUUAACUCAACAUUUAGGAUUAAUUAACUGUUCGCCAGCUUUACAAAAAUUCGCCAUCAGUGUUGUCGACUGUGCAUUAUUAUUGCAUGCUAAAGUGGCCAGUAUAUUUUUACCGACUGCUAUCAAAUUUCAUUAUAUAUUUAAUUUACGUGAUUUAUCCAAUAUAUUUCAAGGUUUAUUAUUUUCAACCAAUGAGUGUAUUCAUCAACCAAGCGAUCUAGUCCGUUUAUGGAUGCAUGAAUGUGAACGAGUCUACUCAGAUAAACUAAUUGAACGUGAAGAUGUUGAACUAUUUCAGAAAACUUUAACCGAUAUCACAAAACAAUGUUUUGAAGAUAUCGAAGAAGGUGUAUUAUUUAGUAAACCAAAUAUGUAUUGUCAUUUCACUCAAGGUAUUGGUGAACCGAAAUAUUUACCAGUAACUAAUAUGAAUGAUUUACAAAAAUUAUUAAAUGAAGCAUUAGAUAGUUAUAAUGAAUUGAAUGCUGUCAUGAAUUUAGUCUUAUUUGAAGAUGCCAUUGCGCAUGUGUUACGUAUUAGUCGUAUAUUAGAAUCACCACGUGGCAAUGCCUUAUUGAUUGGUGUCGGCGGUUCCGGGAAACAAUCUCUAUCAAGACUGGCUGCAUUUCUUAGUUCAUUAGAAGUAUUUCAAAUCACUUUGCGUAAAGGUUAUGCAAUUCCAGAUUUGAAAGCUGAUCUAGCUGGUCUUUAUUUAAAAGCUGGCUUAAAAAAUACUGGCACUGUGUUUUUGUUGACUGACAGUCAAAUCACUGAAGAGAAAUUUCUGGUCCUAAUUAAUGAUUUAUUAGCAUCCGGUGAUAUACCCGAAUUAUUGCCUGAUGAUGAAGUGGAAAAUGUCAUUAAUGGUGUACGUGGUGAAGUGAAAGCACAAGGUAUACAAGAUACACGUGAAAAUUGUUGGAGUUAUUUCAUUGAUAAAGUACGUCGAUUGCUAAAAGUGGUAUUAUGCUUUUCACCAGUUGGUUCGACAUUACGUGUGAGAGCGAGAAAGUUUCCAGCUAUUGUUAAUUGUACCGCAAUUGAUUGGUUUCAUGAAUGGCCAAAAGAAGCAUUAUUAUCCGUAUCAAAACGAUUUUUAAGUAGUAUAGAACUAUUACCAGAAAAUAUUCGAUCAUCUGUCGCAGAAUUCAUGUCAUUCACACAUCAAUCAGUUAAUGAUAUAAGUAUUGCUUACUUACAAAAUGAACGUCGUUAUAAUUAUACAACGCCGAAAUCAUUCUUAGAACAAAUACAAUUAUAUGAAAAUAUGUUAAAUCAAAAAUAUACUGAUUUAAUUAAUAAAACAGUACGUUUAGAAAAUGGUUUACAAAAAUUAGAAAGUACUGCACAACAAGUAGAUGAAUUGAAAGCAAAAUUAGCCGCACAAGAAGUGGAAUUAGCGCAGAAAAACGAAGAUGCUAAUAAGCUAUUAGCAAUUGUCGGUGCAGAAACGGCAAAAGUGACAGGUGAAAAAGUGUCUGCAAAUCAAGAAGAAGAAAAAGUGGCUAAAAUCAAAAUUGAAGUAUCGAAAAAACAAAAAGAUUGUGAAAUUGAUUUAGCCAAAGCUGAACCAGCAUUAGUAGCAGCACAAGAAGCAUUGAACACAUUGAAUAAGAAUAAUUUAACCGAAAUGAAAUCAUUCGGUUCACCACCAGCAGCUGUAGUGAAUGUCACAGCGGCUGUUAUGGUUUUAUUAGCACCAGACGGUAAAAUACCCAAAGAUCGCAGUUGGAAAGCAUCAAAAGCCGGUAUAAUGAGUAAACUUGACUUAUUUUUAGAUAAUUUAAUCAAUUACGACAAAGAAAAUAUUCAUGAGAAUUGUUUGAAAGCUGUACAAGAGUAUUUAAAAGAUCCGGAAUUCGAUCCCGAAUUUAUUCGCAGUAAGUCGGCAGCCGCGGCUGGUCUAUGUUCUUGGGUUAUCAAUAUUGUACAAUUCUAUAAUAUUUAUUGUGAUGUCAAACCGAAACGCGAUGCAUUAGAUGCAGCUAAUGAAGAAUUACGUCAAGCAACUGAAAAAUUAGAAAAUAUUCAGAAAAAAAUUCAAGAAUUAGAAGAAAAAUUGAAAAAACUAACCGAUGAAUUUGAAGUAGCCACAAUGGAAAAACAAAAAUGUCAAGAUGAAGCGGAAUUAACUUACAAAACCAUUGAAUUAGCUAAUCGUUUAGUUGGUGGUUUAGCCUCCGAGAAAAUACGUUGGUCACAACAAGUAAAACAAUAUAAAGAACAAGCGAUUACAUUACCUGGUGAUGUUUUAUUAACUGCUGCAUUCUUAUCUUAUGUUGGCUGUUUCACAAAACAUUAUCGUACUGAACUGCUCGAUCAGCAUUGGUCACCAUUUUUGAAAUCAGUCAGUCCAUCGAUACCGAUUACCGAAGGCUUAGAUCCAUUGGACUUGUUAAUUGACGAUGCAGUUAUAGCUGUAUGGAACAAUGAAGGUCUACCAUCGGAUAGAAUGUCUAUUGAAAAUGCUACUAUUCUAACCAAUGCUGAACGUUGGCCAUUAAUGAUUGAUCCACAAUUACAAGGUAUAAAAUGGAUUAAAACACGUUAUGGAACUGAUUUGAAAGUGAUACGCCUCGGUGCCAAAGGCUAUUUGGAUCAUAUUGAACGUGCUAUAUCAUCUGGUGAUACUGUAUUACUAGAAAAUAUUGAAGAAUCAGUCGAUCCUGUCUUGGAUUCGUUAUUGGGCAGGAAAACAAUUAAAAAAGGCCGAGCCAUACGUCUCGGUGAUAAAGAAAUUGAAUAUAAUCCGGAAUUUCGUUUAAUUUUACAAACAAAAUUGGCUAAUCCACAUUAUAAACCAGAAAUGCAAGCACAGACUACGCUGAUUAAUUUCACUGUUACACGUGACGGUCUAGAAGAUCAAUUAUUAGCUAGUGUUGUCAGUAAAGAACGCCCAGACUUGGAACAGUUGAAAGCUGAUCUAACACGUCAACAAAAUCAAUUUAAAAUUACAUUGAAACAAUUAGAAGAUAGUUUAUUAGCUAGAUUGUCCGCAGCUGAAGGCAAUUUUCUUGGAGAUUAUGCGCUUGUUGAAAACUUAGAAACCAAUAAACGCACAGCUAUUGAAAUUGUAGAAAAAGUUGGACAAGCUAAAGUUACUGAAGUCCGUAUUAAUGAAGCACGUGAAUUGUAUCGUCCAGCAGCGUGUCGUGCCUCGUUAUUAUACUUUAUAUUGAAUGAUUUGAACAAAAUUAAUCCAAUGUAUCAAUUUUCAUUGAAAGCAUUUCGUAGUGUAUUUGAAGUGGCUAUGGAUCGAUCGGAAGCAGCCGAGGAAAUACAAAUACGUGUUAAAAAUUUACUUGAUUCAAUUACUUAUUCUGUUUAUAUGUAUACAUCAAGAGGUUUGUUUGAAAAAGAUAAAUUAAUAUUUACUGCACAAAUGACCUUUCAGAUAUUGUCAGUAGCCAAUGAAAUUAAUCCAGUUGAAUUAGACUUUUUAUUAAGAUUUCCAAUUGUACCGAAUUUAACAUCCCCGGUUGAUUUUAUUACAAAUAAUGGUUGGGGCGGAAUUAAAGCCCUCUCCAAUAUGGACUCAUUUCGGAAUUUAGACAAAGAUAUUGAAGGUUCAGCAAAACGUUGGAAAAAAUUAGUUGAAGGUGAAGCACCGGAAAAAGAGAAACUACCACAGGAAUGGAAAAAUAAGACAGCAUUACAAGUAUUAUGCAUAUUUCGUGCUUUACGACCAGAUCGUAUGACUUAUGCUAUAUCUGAUUUUGUUGGACAGAAACUAGGUCAAAAGUAUGUUGAAGGUGCCGGUCUGUCAUUUGCCAAUUCAUUUGAAGAAUCUGGUCCAUCGAUACCAAUUUUCUUCAUCUUAUCUCCUGGUGUUGAUCCAUUGAAAGAGGUUGAAGCACUUGGUCGUAAACUUGGUUUCACUGAGGAUAAUCAAAAUUUCCACAAUGUCUCUUUGGGUCAAGGCCAAGAGAUUGUGGCCGCAAGAGCUAUGGAGCUGGCUUCAAAAGAAGGUCACUGGGUUGUUUUACAAAAUGUUCACUUAGUCGCUAAAUGGCUACAGACAUUAGAGAAACUAAUGGAAGAAGCUGCUGAAAAAGGACAUCCGAAUUACAGGUUAUUUAUCAGUGCUGAACCAGCCGGUGAUCCAGAAUAUCAUAUUAUACCACAAGGUAUAUUAGAGAAUGCUAUAAAAAUAACCAAUGAACCGCCAACUGGUAUGUAUGCUAAUCUACACAAAGCAUUAAAUAAUUUCAAUCAAGAUACACUUGAAAUGUGUACACGUGAAAAUGAGUUUAAAACAAUUCUAUUCGGUCUAUGCUAUUUUCAUGCGGUUGUCUGUGAACGACGUAAAUUCGGUCCGCAAGGUUGGAAUCGUAUUUAUCCAUUUAAUAUAGGAGAUUUAACGAUCAGUGUCAGUGUAUUAUAUAAUUAUUUAGAAGCGAAUAGUAAAGUACCAUGGGAAGAUUUAAGAUAUUUAUUCGGUGAUAUUAUGUAUGGUGGGCAUAUCACCGACGACUGGGAUCGUCGUUUGUGUAAAACAUAUUUAGAGGAAUAUUUAGUACCGGAAAUGUUAGAUGGGGAUCAUUGUUUAGCACCGAAUUUCAAGACACCACAAAAUACUGAUUAUAAAGGUUAUCAUCAGUAUAUUGAUGAAUUUCUACCUCCGGAAUCACCUUAUCUGUAUGGUUUACAUCCAAAUGCUGAAAUGGAAUUCUUGACAAAUACAUCAGAAAAACUGUUUCGUACCAUAUUUGAAAUGCAACCACGUGAUACUGGCGCUGGUAGUGGUACAGGCGUAAGUAGAGAAGAGAAAUUGCAAAAUGUUCUCGAUGACAUUAUUGAAAAGCUACCAGAAGAUUUUAACAUGCUAGAAUUGCAAGGUAAAGUUCCACCGGAAGAACGUACACCUUAUGUUGUUGUCGCUUUUCAAGAAUGUGAACGCUUUAAUAUUUUAAUCAAAGAAAUGCGUAGAUCAUUAAAAGAAUUAACACUUGGUUUGAAAGGUGAAUUGACUACUACAACAGAAAUGGAAGAGUUAGCUAACUCACUUAUCAUUGAUAAUGUACCAGCUCAAUGGGAGAGACGAGCUUAUCCAAGUAUGUAUCCACUUGGCGUCUGGUAUGCUGAUAUGCUGUCUAGAGUGAAAGAAUUGGAAGUUUGGACAAAUGAUUUCUCUUUGCCUAAUACUGUUUGGUUAGGUGGGCUUUUUAAUCCUCAGUCAUUUUUGACAGCUAUCAUGCAACAGACAGCAAGAAAAAAUGAAUGGCCAUUAGAUCGUAUGGUAUUGCAAUGUGAUGUAACUAAAAAGGUCAAAGAUGAAAUGAGUACACCACCAAGAGAAGGCGCUUAUAUACACGGUCUGUAUAUGGAAGGUGCUAGAUGGGACAUACAAACUAAUAUGAUAGCUGAAGCUCGACUAAAAGAAUUAGCACCAAGUUUACCAGUGAUUUUUUUGAAAGCUGUACCUGUUGACAGACAAGAUUUACGAAAUACAUAUGCUUGUCCAGUCUAUAAAACAAAACAGCGUGGACCGACUUAUGUAUGGACAUUUAAUUUAAAAACUAAAGAAAAAGCAUCACGUUGGAUUUUGGGUGGUGUCGCCUUAUUAUUACAAAUUUAAGCAAUGUAAAAAAACAAACAAGCAGACAAUCAGCCAAUGAACACUUUGUUGUUUACAUUCUCCAUUCAUGAUUUUUAUAAAAAGCAAAUAAUCUUUAGGAAUUCAGAAUCAUGUUACUUUUUUCAAUAUUUCAAAGAAUUAUCCCUUAAUAUAAUAAUUCAAAAUUUUUUAAUCAAACAUUAUGCAUUCUGUUUGUGCACAGUUUUAUCUUGACAAUUCACUUUUGACGUCAUUUUUUGUGAAAAAAAACAAACAAACUGAAAGGACAACUCUAGGCUGAUAAUCUUCCUUCACUAUUCUUAUCUAUAACACAAUUAGUAAAACAAUGAUUACUG